AUGGCCGUGCUUCGUUACGGUCGCCGUGAGCGUUCGAAUGACAUAUCAAUCGACUUAAUCGGCGUCUGUGUCGUAUACCAAAAUUUUACGAUUAUUUCUCUGGACCGUGUUUUGGUAGCUCCGUCUUUUGGCCAUUCCGUGUUUUGUCUGUUCCUCAUUUUGUUAAGGUCCGUAUUUUGUUUGUUCCUCGUUUUGGUAAGGUCCGUAUUUCGGUCGUUCCUCGUUUUGGUAAAAUCGCGUUUUGACGUUCCGUGUUCUGUCUGUUCCGUGUUUUGGAAUUCUUCCUUUUGCCCCUCACCCUUUUUUAUCUAA